CGGAUAGCAUCAGUUCAUAGAUAUUUGCGUUGAAUCAAUUUGUUUGUAUAAUUUGAAGAGAAAGAUGGGUGGUUUUGCAAAAGAAGCAGAGGUUAGUACAUCACUUCCCCCAGCCAAGGCAUUUAAGGCAUUUGCUGAAGAUCUGGACACCCUAUUGCCCAAGGUUGCCCCACAAGCAAUCAAGAGUGUGGAACGCCUUGAAGGAGAUGGUGGCCCUGGAACUAUAAAGAAGAUCACCUUUGCUGAAGGGUAUGGAUUCAGUUAUGCGAAACACAGAGUAGAUGUGUUAGACAAAGACAACUUGUUGUACACUUACGUUGUGAUCGAAAGCGACUUUUUUAACAACAUGGUGGAGAAAAUCAGCUACGAGACAAAGUUUGUAGCAGCAGCAGAUGGAGGAACAAGUAUUAAGGUAACUACCACCUUUUACACCAUUGGUGACAUUCAGAUCACUCUAGACCUAAUGCUCCAAAUCAAGGAAGCAUCCGAGAAGCGAGCUCUUAUUUUGAAAGCUAUUGAAAAUUAUGUGUUGGCAAAUCCCGGUGCCUAA